AUGGUAAAAAGGGUCGCGAACAAUGGUGUCCAUGAUGUCAAAAAGCAGUAUAGGAAGCUUUCUGUUAUUAAUAUUCUGCUGCUGCUGCGUACGAAUAGGGAAGGAAGGAAAAAUGGGCAUCAUCUUCUUGUUGGAGUUGAGGUUGUUUCUUGUGGAUUUCGCCUUCUUUUCUUCUACCAACACUUUUCCACCCAAUUUCUCUUCUCAACCAUCAAUAACUCCAAGACCCAGCUUACCAAAAAAGUCAGAGUGCAUAGACAAGUUCCUAAGUUGACUGAUGGGUUUGAGUUUCUAAUUCUGAUAAUUGGAUGUGAGUUCAUCAGUCAAGGAGUCGACAACCAUAGGAGCAAUAGUUGGAGGGUGAGCGUUAGUGGUGGUGUUAGGACUAGGAAGGCCUUAAAGAGAGGAGAGGUCGAGUUUAGAAGUAUCGAAGAUGAGGAGGUUGUCAAAGCAGAAGGAAAUGUCGAAGUGGGCCCUUCGAUUGUGGUUCCCACGAUGAGGUGUCUCUGA